UUUAAAUAGGCUACCUCAGGAACUGUCACUUUUAAGUAAUGGCAUAAUACUUGUUUUUUGUCUCACUUUCUCUCUUUACGGUUCCAUAAUUUAUGACGUGUCCGACACGCCACUUUCAUUAUUAACAGAGACGGCUGAGCAUGAAAAAUAAAAACAGCCGUGAAACGUGUCCACCACAUUGGAACCGCAGGUAGUUUUUCAAACAGGGACUUUCCGUGUUGACGGAUAUGACGGCCAAAUUCUGAGAAAGAGAGAGAGAGAGAAGAGAGAGAGAGAGAGACUUCGGCUCAACACCUAGUGAGCUGCCUACCUAGACAACACUUUUGGACAUCGUCAGCGCUAUCCUAAAUGGCAGUAUUGUAGUUACGGGAAAUCAGAUUCAUUUUCGUGAAUCGGUUCUCGGCUCAUAAUAUUUUGGUUCACAGAGAUCGGAUUAGGCUACUCAGAAUGCAAGGCAUUUAGUGAAACUGACUCAUUGCAAAUAUAAUUUCACAUAUUUAUUCACGAAUACUUUAGGGAAAGAUAUAGCCUACAGUGGCUUCACUUUAAGACUCGGUUUUGAGCUAUACUUUUAUAUGCAUCUUAUCAGGUCAGACUUUGGCCGCAGCGUCGAGCCAUAACAGCGUUUUAAACAAAUGAAAAAUAGUUCAGUUAAACAAAACCCCCUGGAGGCCGCUCGCUUCUUUUGUUUUUGAGAAUAACGCGCGUUGUGUGUGAACGCUCUGUAGGCGGGGUCGAGCUAGUGAGCUGCUUAACUUAACUAACAGUAGUCUCCUAGUUUUAGUACCCUCACUAGGUUUUCAGACAGAGCCACAGUGAAACGUGUUUCUGUCACGUUCACUUAGCCUAUAAUUUAACAAUAACUCCACGCCUUUUUUUCUUUCUCUUGUUAUUUAGUAGACUUUUCCCCUAAUUAUUAUUAGCAAGAUUCGUAACAAUGUGCAUGAUAAGUGGGCGGAAAAACAGCGCGAUAAUAUUUCCGGGUGUUUGAAGAGGGGGAACCCCGUGGUGUUUUUCUACCGUGGGUAUAUCACGAAAAAGUCAAAAGCAUAUCAAUAUGUCAUCAUAACCUGCUGCUGGUACAGACACUUCAUCAAAAACCUCAAUGGCUUCUGGAUCAGCUGUUUCAGACCCGUCGUUGAACGGGGUUUCGUCCACACCGGGUGAGAACGAGUACCCGUCGGGUUUCCCUCAGAGCAUCUGCGAUGAAGUCCCUAAGGAGAAGUACUUGUGCAGCAACUGUAAUAAUGUCUUGAAUAAAGCGCGUCAAACGGUGUGCGGUCACCGCUACUGCCUCGCGUGCGUCAACUGGCUGGUCAGAAACAACAAGGACCUUGUGUGCACAAAAUGUAAAGAAGAAGAUCCCAGUGUUGAGAAUGACACUAGUGUACUGACUCUUGACCAAUUCUUCAACGAUGCAGCUAUUAAUAAGGAAAUUUUGGAUCUGAAAGUCCACUGUGCCAACCAUGGCUGCCCCUGGAGAAGCACCCUGAAGAACUUUGAGGACCAUCAGAGUCAGUGUGAAUAUGCCCUGAUCCCUUGCAACAUUGGCUGUGGCUUAAUGGUGCAGAGGAAAUCACUGGCUACACAUCUGGAGAGAGGCUGUCCCAACAACAAGACCACAUGUCCCUCUUGUUCAGGUGCCCUGACACUGAGAGAGCUCCAGAAGCAUGUUUGUCCCAGUUCCGUUGAUAAGAAGACGACGAAGACAGAUAAACGACAAAAGAAUAAUCACCCUGGCAGCUCAAAAAAGAAGGAGCCAUGCAUUUUCUUAGACGUUGGUUGUCCCUUUAAGGGCAAUGCAGACAAAGUAAAAGAGCAUGAAUCCUGCAGCCAUGUUGGCCAUCUACAGCUUCUCUUGGCUGUGACCAGAGCUCUUCAGCGUACCGUGAAUUCUUCAGCUGAGCGAAGCCACCAUGAAAGCCCUGAUCUUCUUCAGCCUGGACAGUGUGGUGCUUCCCACAUUUCUCAGAGUGAGUGUGAGAUUGAGACCGACGGAGGGGAUCCAGGAGUGAGUGAUAAGGCCCUCAGUCUCCACGACGAUCAGGUUGAACUUGCUGUAGGCCAGCAACUGGACGCUCUACAGCAGAGAGUGCAGGUUUUGGAGAACAUCAUCUCAGCUUUGAACCGAGAGGUGGAGAAGACGCAGAUCAGUGUGGUUGCACUGGAGAGGGACAAUUACAACAGUCAACACCUCAUUCAGCACUUGGAAACCAAGGUAGCGGAACAGCAGCAGAGACUGGUCAGGAAAGACAUUCACAUCACUUCACUGCAGCAGUGUAUCAGCGCCCAGCAGGACAUCUCAUAUGAUGGCACCUUUCUCUGGCGGUUGUGUGAUGUCAGCCAGAGACUGAGAGAGGCUGCCAGCGGCGAAAAGAUCAGUCAGUACUCGCCAGCUUUCUACACUGCCAGGUAUGGAUUUAAAGUGUGCAUGCGACUCUACUUGAACGGAGAUGGGGUCGGAAAGGGAACACACAUCUCUCUUUUCUUUGUUAUAAUGAAAGGAGAAUACGACGCCAUUCUUUCAUGGCCAUUCAGACACAAGGUCACGUUCUUUCUCAUAGAUCAGAACCAGAGGGAGCACGUCAUCGACGCCUUCCGUCCCGACCUCUCCUCUGCAUCUUUCCACCGCCCCAUCUCAGAGAUGAAUGUGGCCAGCGGGUGCCCCCUGUUCUUCCCUCUGGGGAAAAUGAGGUCGACUAAGCAUGCCUACUGCAAGGAUGACACCAUCUAUAUCAAGUGCGUGGUGGACACCUCCUCCUGAAGCAUGAAGGCCUGGCUUUUAAAGAGGACUGGAUUCCUAAGGGAGCAUAAAAAUUCUGGAUGCAGACAAAAUGAAUAUGGAGAGCAGAGAAACAAAUCCAGAAAUAUUUAUGAACUGAAAAGUUGAAGAGUUUUGUCUCGGUUGCAGUUUGGUUUUUUGUGUACAUGAAUAAAAGAAUAUUUUUAGAUUGACACCUGGCUCUUAAUGUAUUAAACAUUGAUUCUUUCUUGUGUUAUUUUGGAUGUAUUGCUGUUUUAUUUAUUAUGGAAUGAACUCUUCUGGAUUUUUAACAUCAUUCUGCCUGUUUUCAUGUUUUAUAAGUAAUAAUAAAUAAAAUGUGUUUACUACCUUG